AUGGCUGAUGCAAAUAACAUCAGCAGUUGCAUCAACGCCAGGAAUUAUAUCGUCUCUAACGCUAUUAAUGCUACGAAACAACUUCAUAACAACAACAACACUAACAACAACAACAGCAAAAACAAUAACAACAACAUUAAUAAUGAUGAUGAUGAAGGUGAAGAUGAUGACAAAUUUAGAAGCUCUAGUGAAGUCGAUACCAUUAAGCCAGCUGACUGUAAUAAUGAUAAUAAUAAUGUUAAUAAUAACAAUAGUCAUAAUUACAACAACGACAACAACAAUAAUGGUAUUGAUAAUAAUAAUACAAAUAAUAAUAAUCUUGAAUCUAAAAAUAAAUGCACGCAACUGAAAUACUCCCCUAGUAAAAAGUCCUUCCAAAAUGACAAGGGUGAUAACAACAACAAUAACAACAAUAACAACAACAAUAAUAACAACAAUAAUAAUAAUAACCACAACAGAAUAAAGAGUGGUAGUAUUAGUAGUAGCAUUACGUCAAAGUUUAUAAUCGCCAACAUCAGCAACAACAGAUGCAACAGGCGCGAUGUUCAUCUCAACAGAAUUCUGCAAAGUUGCAACAACAACAUCAACAACAAGUUCAACAACAACAUCAGCAUUGUAACCAACAACAACAUCAGCAGCGUCCACAACAGACAAAAUCGAGUAAACCUUUUGACAAAGUUUUGUCACAAAAACAACAACAACAAAAUCAACAACAGUCUGUUAUAA